CCGCCUAUUGGCCGGUUUGCGGACUUCCCAUAGACAGUUGUAUGUUUCAUAAAAAUGCACUCUGAUGCGGCAAAUUUUCAGCUGAAUUCUCACUUGACGACACUGGCUAGCAUCCACAAGAUCCACCACACCUUGCACAGGCUGAACCUGACAGAAGACAUAGGACAGGACAGUCACCCCUCAGCUUGCUGCUCUAGAGCCAUGCCACCAAGGAAAAAGAGGAGACCCUCAGCUGGAGAUGACAUGUCAGCCAAGAAAAGUCGCCAGGACAGUUUUUUCAGAAAACACGAAACGUCACAUAUUCGUGAAGAAGAAACCUUUUCCAGUAAAAGAUGCUUGGAGUGGUUCUAUGAAUAUGCAGGCUGUGAUGACGUGGUGGGUCCGGAGGGCAUGGAGAAGUUCUGUGAAGACAUUGGAGUGGAACCAGAGAAUGUGGUGAUGCUGGUUCUGGCCUGGAAGUUGGACGCCGAGAGUAUGGGGUAUUUCACUCUUCAGGAGUGGCUGAGAGGAAUGGGCUCACUGCAGUGUGAUUCCACAGAGAGACUGAGGAACUCGCUGGACUACCUGAGGUCUGUCUUAAAUGACAGCACCAGUUUUAAGCUUAUUUAUAGAUAUGCCUUUGAUUUUGCUCGGGAGAAAGAUCAGAGGAGUUUGGACUUGAACACAGCCAAAUGUAUGCUUGGGCUUCUUCUCGGAAAGACAUGGCCUCUGUUUCCUGUAUUUAAUCAGUUUCUAGAGCAAUCCAAGUACAAAGUCAUCAACAAAGACCAGUGGUGCAAUGUUUUAGAGUUCAGCAGGACAAUCAACCUGGACCUCAGUAACUAUGAUGAAGAUGGUGCCUGGCCAGUUUUGUUGGAAUUUGUGGAAUGGUACAAGGAAAGACAGAUGUCUUAGCUUCAGACUAAUGUUGCUAAAGGGGGGUAGGGGGGGGAUAUAACUGUGACAACGCUUUGAGAUUCGACAACCAAACUUGACACAUAAAUGGUAAAGAGCAGUGACAGCGGGUGCUACCUGGUAAAGGAGGGGUUUAAGUGGUGGGUGGGUUGGGGAUAAGAUGCUGGGUCACAGCUUCGUUGCAUGCUGCCCGUGGUGUGUUAUGUUCCCUACCGACAUUACAAAGUGGGCAAGCUUGCAACAAACCAGUGGCAUUGCUGUCUCUCACUGUGACAUGUCUUAAAGCUGUCUGUGUUAAGACAACAUGGAUGACGUGAGCCAGCUGGUAUUAUGUGGGAGACCCACUCCUCACCCCA